AUUGCAGCGAAAUUCCAUGGAGACGAUGACCACAGAGGCGCAGCAGCACGACCCAGAUCUUUUAAACACCAUGAAUAUACAGAGCGAUGGCUCGCCCCAUACGCGUACAAAUAAACCCUUGAUACCAACCCCUGACCAGACCCAGGGGCCGAGCGAUCGAAGCGCAGCUGAUACCCUGCCGGUCACAUUUCAGUCAGAUCCUCCACGUUCAGAAGCAUUCACUAGCGACGGAAGGGACAGUCCAACGACCACUCCCAGUCUUGGCUUGCUGAACUUGCCUUCAGACUUACUUCCUACCGUUAUUGAAACGGGGCCGCCCACCAUCGGUUCCGAGGCUUUCCCCGUUCCAUCUGUCCUGACGGCUGUAGAUGAUAUGCUUUCAGAAAUAGACGUGGUUACAGUGAGCCCGCUGGAAUGGAUAAUGACACCGGAGUCAGAUCGCUCACUUGUGCCUGGUUGGAAUACUCUCUCUGCGACGGACGCACUCCCUCUAGGCUUCGCUCCAACUACAACCGCCGCACCACUGGUAGAGACUUUACCAGCACCUGAGAAAAAUAUUGCCGCAUCUAUUCCGACAGUUUGGAGCAGUCCAAACCAAGAAGAAAGCCUGGAUCAAGAAGCUGGGUCAGCCGCACACAUAGGACCUGUAGAAGACCCGUCUCAGCUUCACCGCACAUCGUACACACAUCGACUGUCACACAAACAACCAGCGACAUCGACACCUACUCAAGCGGCCGGUGUGCCGCCAUGGAACUGGGAAAAGUUUUCUGUGACUAGAACGCCUGCAAAGCCGCUUAUCACACCUCUAUUCUCUGGUCAUGACAAAAUGGUUUAUAAUGGAGGAUCGCUGAGUGCCAUAACUGAGGGAGAGACCUUUAUCAGCUCUUCCACGCCUACAGUUCUUAGUGUACACGAUGGAGGUGGCUUUGUUCUGCAUCCAAGCAAAAUGCCAUCCUCCCGAUCGAGGAAAUUCGCCAAGACUGAGGAGAUAUGUGACUCCGGAUUGUGUGGGACGAGACCUGCCAGGCUGAUGGAGGAGAACAGACCGACAUCAACGUCGAUAAAUAUGGCCCCUGAAAAACCUGCAGUCACAACCAACACGCCCGCAGUUCCUCAUCGCCCAGAACGGAGACCUUCAACGACUACGACAUCCGAUACCGCGACCAGCUCCGUCGAUACUGAUUCCCUUUUGGAUCAACUUCAGAGAGCCCGGCUCAUAUCCAGACAAAACGUGGGCGUUGCAACAGGAACAGUGUUUGCGGGAGCUACGGUUUUCAUUCUAACGUUUAUACUGCAUCGUUUCGUGUACCGGUGGGUCGGCAGGCGACGCACAGGCGUGAUCUGGAUCGGCCGUGAACCAAACACAAACACGGGUUUACGCAUAGAGUUGCCCCCGCGCAGGCCUCAGAAUCCAGAAGUGUCUUACUUCUCUGACAGCUCGUAA